AUGUCCAGAAGAGAGUAUCCGAAUAUAAUAAUCACUGGAACUCCAGGAUGCGGAAAAAGUUCGCAUGCAGCCAACUUGGUUUCGCAAUUAAAAAGCCCAUACAAGCAUUUUUCCAUCAGUGAUAUAGCAAAGGAACGUAAAUGUAUUGAAAGCUACGAUGAAAGGUUAGACACAUCUGUUGUGGACGAAGACAAAUUGUUAGAUUCAUUAGAGCCAGAUUUAGAGAAAGGAGGUAUUUUAGUAGACUGGCAUUGUUGUGACAUUUUCCCUGAAAGAUUGAUUGAUUUAGUGGUGGUUUUGAGAACCGACAACAAGAUAUUGUACGAAAGAUUGAAUAAGAGAGGAUAUAAAGAAAAUAAGAUCCAAGAAAACUUGGACUGUGAAAUCAUGGAGGUUAUUUUGCAAGAUGCGAGGGAAUCUUAUAUUCCCGAAAUCGUGAUAGAGCUUACAUCCAAUUCAGCAGAAGAAAUGGAUGAAAAUGUUGACCGAUUAAUUGCGUGGGCUGAAAAUUGGAAGAAGGACCAUCCUGAUGGGGUGACAAACGAAUUGGAUCCUGAAGCUGCCGUUGAAGCUGGAGAGGAGUCUGCAGACGAAGAAUCUGAAACUGAAGAAGAGGCAGAGGAGGAAAGCGAAUAA